GCUUAACACCCACGCACAAUAAUAUGAAACGUACACGCCCAAAAAGCUCUGCCUUGCCCAAGCACGUGGUCAUGAACUGCUAAAACUGGUCAAUUGGUUCUCGAAUUGGUCAUGCUCUUUGCCUGUUUUUGAUGGAGAGAAGCAGUAGGAAGAGAGCAAGAGUGACUACACUCGAAGUAGUGAGAGAGAAAGAAGAAGAGGAAGGUGUAACGUUGAAGCUCAAGUCCUCUAAGACCUUAAAGAAAGACUCAAAGGAUCCCAUCCUGCUGCUUGAAGAAGCUUCCACAGCAGAAGAAGAGGAAAGCGUAUUAGAAACACUUUUACUUCUUGAAGACUCUCUCUACUCUGGUAUAGUAUCUUCAUUAGAUGAGGCCCUGACUCUAUUUAACCGAAUAUGGAAAACUCGUCAGAGUAAUAUCGAAAUAUGUAGCCUCCUCGUUAACUUGCUUUGUGGGGUUCUUCCGCUAGUCACGUCACUCUCACGUGACCAGCAGAACCAAAUAGCAUCACUCAUUGAUCAUUCUUCCAGUGAUGUCAAGGCCCUAGUGUUAAAGUGUUGGGUGAAAGUGGCCAAGAAAUUUUCAUCAGAGUUUGUUACUCAAUGUCUUAAAGAAACUGUUGAGGUACAGUACGUGUGA